AUGAGUCCUCCAUCGAGAUCACAGCAGCAACAGCCACCCCCCUUAUCGUUGGAUGAACAUGGCCAACCUAUCAAGGUCAAAAAAAAGCCGGGUCGAAAACCCAACCCAGCUUCACCGGCAUUACGGAAAGCACAGAACCGUGCUGCUCAACGAGCCUUUCGAGAGCGCAAAGAACGCCAUUUAAAGGACCUAGAGAGCACGAUCCGUCAAUUGAAGGAACAACGCAGCAAAUGCCUCAAAGAACUUGUGACCACAAAGUCCAAAAUGGAAGCGUAUCGUGCUGAAAAUUGGUACCUGAAAGGAGUGGUCUUGACAUUGCAGUUUGUCUGUUUGCAUCAUCAUAUCCAUAUACCUACCCACUCACCUUAUUUGACAGAGGAAGAUUUGAGCCACAUGGCUAAAACAACACCACAUGCCAUUGAAGCGUACGUCAAUGCGUAUGCAAAAAACAAUAUCAAUUUAAAGCCGACCAUGGCAGCCCAUUUUGCUAACAGUCCACUACAUCAUCCGUCUCCGUCGCCGCCGUCACCAUCACCACCACCACCACCACAAACAUCACUCUUUGAAGAAGAAAAUGAAUCAACGGAUCCACUGAAUGCAGAUGACAAAGACAACCCCCUCUAUGAUGAUGUGGAUAAUGAUGAUGAUGAGGAUGAUGAUAUGCUUGGUGGAAAAGAAUGGGAUUCAAUAAGAAGCAAGAGCAAGCCAUCCUCAUCCACCACAGAUGAAAAGAACAAUAGCAGUGACAGCCUGAGCGCUAUUCAACACAUUCGAUUACAGUUACGAUUACAAUCUGCUCUCUCCAGUUUUGGCAGCAAACCGUCUUUACGCCUUCAACCCACCCUUCUUCAGCUCGCCAUUCCUCACGACCCUCGCAUUGACCUUAUACCAACGCCUCACAUGAGAGAUCGAAUGAUUAUCUUUCGCGACCAAAUGGAUUACGAUCGUUGUUUUGCUCUGUUACUCAACGGUGCUCUUUAUCAUGGUGGGGACCCUACCAUGAGUGCUAGCUGGGAGUUACCUCCGGAAUUCUUUAGUGAAUUUUGGUACCUUGCCAUUAAUUACGAUGUAAGUCGUACAAACAAGUGGAGAAAAAUGAAAGGUUUACCCGAAAUUAAAGUAAAAGACACCCUCUCUGCUGCCGCUUUAUGGGCAACAGACGACGUAUUCGCUCAAUUAACAGAAGGAAUGCCAUCCUUACAGCCUCUGGAUGCCACCCAUUUAGCCAGUGGAUUUGAUUUCGGGUCACCCAACUUACCGUCAGCCUCCCUAUCUUCCAUCUGGGAUACAUGGAAACAGCACCAGCAGCAUGAAAGAUCGCCGAGCUUGAUUACCAUGAUGGACCUGAUGAGUUCCUUAUCCACGGGUAUGCCUUCCACUGGAUAA